AUGAUCCGCUCGCGCGCCGUCCACAGGCUGCUCGCGUCUUCUCUUUCGUACCGCUGUUUAAGCGUUGCCGCUCCUUGCGCCGGUGACUCCACUGCGGGGAGUCUUCUAAUCCAAGAGUCACCAUCCACGAGCGGCAGCAUACGAAGCGCGGACAAGGCCAGCAGCGCGUCACCCGCCAGGAAAAGGAACAGCAGCAGCAGCAGCAGCAGCAGCAGCAUCAGCGCGAGUGCCGGCGCCAUGGAUCGCGAGCGGUUCUUGGGCGUGUUCCAGCAGCUCAAGGCGGAGCUGCUGGGCGAAGACAAGCUCUUCUCGUGCACUCCGGACUCGAAAGCGUGGAUGGAGAAGAACAUCGACCACAAUGUGCCUGGAGGCAAGCUGAACCGCGGGCUAUCAGUGGUGGACACGGUGGGGAUUCUCAAGGGUGGAUUUGAUAAGCUAUCGGACGAUGAGGUCUUCAAAGCCAGUGCUGUUGGCUGGUGCAUUGAAUGGCUGCAGGCGUACUUCCUGGUGGUGGACGACAUCAUGGAUAGCUCCAUCACCCGCCGAGGCCAGCCGUGCUGGUACCGCAUGGACAAGGUGGGAAUGAUUGCCAUCAACGAUGGCGUGUUGCUCAACUCACACAUCUUCCUCAUCCUGCGCCGCCACUUCUCUUCCCACCCCGCCUACACCCGCCUGCUCGACCUCUUUAAUGAGGUGACAUACCAGACAGCGUGUGGCCAGAUGCUUGACCUCAUCACCACUCCUGAAGGGGAGGUGGAUCUCAACAAAUACACCAUGUCCACGUACCUAAAGAUUGUGCAGUACAAGACGGCCUACUACUCUUUCUAUCUCCCUGUGGCGACAGCGCUGAUCCUGGCGGGCGUGGAGGAUGCAGCGCUGGCAGCACAGGCGAGGGAGAUCCUGGUGAUGAUGGGGACGUACUUCCAGGUGCAGGACGACGUGCUCGACUGCUUCGGCGACCCUGCCGUGAUCGGCAAGGUGGGCACGGACAUAGAGGACACCAAGUGCUCGUGGCUGGUGGUGCAGGCACUGCAGCGGGCCACACAGGAGCAGAGGGAGAUCAUUGAGAGCAACUAUGGCAAGAAGGACGAGAAGUGUGUGGCGGUGAUAAAGCAGCUCUACACACACAUGAAGCUGCAGGAUGCAUUUGCGGAGUACGAGAAGGAGAGCCACGCUGGCAUCACAGCCGCCAUUGCCCAAGUGGAGAGUGAACCGCUGAGGGAGGCCUUGAUGUCCUUCCUCAAGAAGAUCUACAAGCGCCAGAAGUAG